AUGACCGAACAAGACAAUUCCUACCGCCCACGAUCCCCUGAUUUUUCCACCUUCCAAUCCCCCAUCUCCCCUUCCGUCAACCACUCCGUCUACCCGUUUGGGAAUCCGCUCGCCCAUCGCGCUUCCUACGACGCCUCACCUUUCUUCACCCCGCAGUAUCAACAACCCCCGGCCCCGCCAAGCAGGGUUCCCCAGCAAUACAAUCAAUAUAAUCUCUAUCCCUUCGCCGACGCGACACAUCUACACCCGGAUAUGGCUCGCCGUUCGACGCGUAUCGCCCACCAGGCCGCCGAGGUCGCGCCGCAGCCCACUUCCAAAUACAUUGACCCGGUGGUCUCGGAGGAAGAGGAGCCUGUCCGACCUCCUUCUCCUUCUCCUCCCCCGCCUGCUCCUGUUGUUGCUCCUGUGGUGGUCCCCGUCGAGGUCAAGACCAAAUUCCCCGUUGCGCGCAUAAAGCGCAUUAUGCAGGCCGAUGAAGAUGUCGGCAAAGUCGCGCAGGUUACGCCAAUUGCUGUCUCGAAAGCCCUCGAAUUGUUUAUGAUCUCUCUCGUCACCAAAGCCGCCAAGGAAGCCAAGGAUCGCAACUCCAAACGCGUCACGGCCUCGCACCUCAAACAAGCCGUGGCCAAGGACGAGGUACUCGACUUUCUGGCAGAUAUCAUUGCGAAGGUGCCCGACCAACCGCCGAGUCGGAAACAUGAAGAUGAUGGCAGUGAUCAAAAUGAACAACCGAAACGAAAGAGAGGUGGCCGUCGACCUAAAGAUGACAGCGAUUGA